AUGGUAUCGACACCGCUCCGACGACCUCGAUCGCCCUCCCCUGGCGGAGGCGCAGAGGACGAAAUGGCCUUACCAGAAGAUUACAAGCCCUACGUACCAGUGGCAAAGCGUCGUGCGCAGAUGCUCUCGCAACUGGGCUCUAAAAGGGAGACCGUCAAGAAAGUCAAGACUGCCGAGGAGCUUGAAAAGGAGAUGGAAGAAGAGUUGAGAGAACAAGCCGAGGAUGAAGAGAGGGCUAGGGAAAAGGCCAGAAGGGAACGAACACUUUUACAGGCUGCUCAGGAGGUUAAGGAGAGAAAGGCUUUGGAGGACGCGCUGAAAUCCGCUGCUGAUAAAGAAGCUGAGAAAGAGGCGUUGCUGUUAGCUGAGAUGGAAAGGGCUCAGAAGAAAUUGGCCAGUGCUCAAGAAUUGGCUCAGGGGACUGUAUAUACAGAAAGUUUAAAGACCUCAUGGAGACCUCCUCAUUAUAUACGGAACAUGUCCGAAGAGGAACAUCAGGUGGUCAGAGAUAAAUUCCAUAUCAUAACCGAAGGUGAUGAGAUACCACCUCCCAUACCGCAUUUCGCAGAUAUGAAAGUUCCCAAACCGAUAUUGGAUUACCUAAAAAGCAAAGGUAUCAAGAAACCUACCCCCAUCCAGAUACAAGGUAUACCAACGGCGUUCGCAGGGAGGGAUAUGAUCGGAAUAGCAUUUACUGGAUCUGGAAAAACAUUGGCAUUCACUCUACCAGCUAUAAUGCAAUCGUUAGAAAUGGAAGCCAAACUUCCAUUUGUACGGGGUGAAGGACCAGUAGGAUUGAUCAUUUGUCCUUCUAGAGAAUUGGCUAGACAGACAUACGAAGGUUGUCAAGCCAUGUGCAACGCUUUGAAAGAAAGUGGGAAUUAUCCCGAACUUCGAUCGCUACUGUGUAUCGGAGGAAUCAAUAUGGCGGAUCAAGGGGAUGUACUGAAUAAGGGUGUACAUAUCGUGGUGGCUACUCCAGGUAGAUUGAUAGACAUGUUGGAUAAAGGGAAAUUGAAUGCUAAUAAUUGCAAGUAUCUGUGUAUGGACGAAGCGGAUCGAAUGAUUGAUAUGGGUUUCGAAGAAGAUGUGAGGAGUAUAAUGUCGCAUUUCAAGUAUCAACGUCAAACACUUUUGUUCUCCGCUACUAUGCCUCGAAAAAUUCAAGAUUUCGCUCAACAAUCACUCAUCAAUCCUAUCCUGGUGAAUGUCGGUCGAGCAGGUGCAGCGAACAUGGAUGUUAUACAGGAAGUUGAAUAUGUCAAACAGGAAGCCAAGAUGGUGUACCUGUUGGAAUGUUUACAAAAGACUCCUCCGCCUGUUAUCAUUUUUAGUGAUAACAAGAAUGAAGUUGAUGAUAUCCAGGAGUAUCUCCUGUUAAAAGGUGUCGAAGCCGUCGCUAUCCAUGGUAGUAAGACCCAGGAAGAACGUGAAUACGCGAUUCGGUCAUUUAAGACAGGUGCCAAGGACGUUAUGGUCGCUUCGGGUGUAGCGUCCAAAGGUUUAGAUUUUAACGAGAUCCAACAUGUCAUUGUAUACACCAUGCCGAAAGAAAUCGAAGAUUACGUGCACGAGAUUGGUCGUACGGGAAGAAGUGGAAAGACAGGUAUUGCAACUACGUUCGUCAAUAUGAAUACGAGUGAACAAACUUUAUUGGAUUUGAAAUACCUCUUAAUGGAAGCUAAACAGAAAAUCCCAGAAUUCUUAUUAUCCAUUGAUGAUCCUCGAGCAGCUCAUGGAGGAGCACUCAAAGGAUGUCCGAUCUGUGGUGGUUUGGGUCAUGGUUUACAAGAUUGUCCGAAGUUGCAAGAAGAACAAAGGAGGAAACAAGCUGCUAAUACUAGAUAUGAUGGUGGGGGAUAUUAG